UUCAAGAAUAUAUGUUAAAACAUAUUUGAGUUAUUUUUUUGUCAGGACGAAAGUAGCGAACGUUGUUGCAUCGAUAAAGAGUGACUUAUAAUUAUAUAUAUUUAUUCAUUUUUCUUUUAUGUGGUCGUUGCUGGGUCUGUUGCCAAAGAAGUGUCAGGGGAAGAUCUCGCGAGACGGUUUGAGGAGAAGAUACAUUUUAACCAGGCAUAAUAUCGGUUCUGAACUACUGAAGAGUUGCACACAUAUUGCUUCUAAAAUGAGACUGAAGACGUCACUUUUGAAGGAACCAAAACAUAAAGAGUUAGUCAGCUGUGUAGGCUGGACAACAGCAGAUGAACUAUACUCCUGUAGUGAAGAUCACCUGGUCCUGAAGUGGAAUCUGCUGACAAAUGAGACAACACAAGUCGUGAAACUACAAGAUGACAUUUACCCCAUUGAUCUACACUGGUUUCCUAAAACAGUAGGUGGCAAGAAGCAGACUCAGGCAGAGAUCUUUGUACUUACCAGUACUGAUGGCAAGUUUCACCUGAUUUCAAAGAAUGGACGAAUAGAGAAGAGUGUGGAGGCACACCGUGGAGCAGUGCUUGCUGCAAGAUGGAAUUAUGACGGAACUGCCUUAGUUACAGCUGGUGAAGACGGGCAGAUUAAAAUAUGGUCAAAAAGUGGAAUGUUGAGAUCCACUCUGGCCCAACAAGGAACUUCAGUUUACUCAGUUGCCUGGGGACCUGAUUCAGACAAGAUACUUUACACAUCAGGGAAGCAAUUGAUCAUUAAACCCCUUCAGCCUAGUGCCAAAGUUUUACAGUGGAAAGCUCAUGAAGGGGUCAUCCUGAAAGUGGACUGGAAUUCAGUUAGUGAUCUUAUUCUGUCAGGCGGUGAAGACUGUAGAUAUAAGGUUUGGGAUGGUUAUGGACGACUUCUUUACAGUUCCCCCUCACAUGACUAUCCCAUUACUUCUGUGGCUUGGGCACCUGAUGGAGAAUUAUUUGCAGUGGGGUCUUUCAACACUUUGCGUCUAUGUGACAGAACAGGGUGGUCAUAUGCAUUGGAGAAGCCAAACACUGGAAGUAUUUUCAACAUCACCUGGUCUGUGGAUGGAACUCAAGUAGCCGGUGCCUGUGGAAAUGGACAAGUGAUUUUUGCCCACGUUGUUGAACAGAGAUGGGAGUGGAAAAACUUAGAGAUAACACUGACCAAAAGAAGGACCAUGCUGGUGCGGAAUGUGCUGAAUGAUGCAGUGGAUGUUUUGGAGUUUCGUGAUAGGGUGAUUAAGGCUUCGUUGUCCCACGGCCAUCUGGUAGUUACAACCUCACUGCAGUGCUAUGUAUACAGUGCUAAGAACUGGAAUACUCCACUGAUUUUUGAUCUGAAAGAGGGAACUGUUAGCUUGAUCCUGCAAGCAGAAAGACACUUUCUGCUAGUAGAUGGAGCAGGCAUCUAUUUGUUUUCAUAUGAAGGACGCCUCAUUUCCACGCCCAAGUUUCCAGGAAUGAGAACCGAUAUUCUGAAUGCCCAGACUGUCUCUCUUAGCAAUGAUACUGUUGCAAUUCGAGAUAAAGCUGAUGAGAAAGUUAUCUUUCUUAUUGAUGCCCUAUCUGGAAAACCACUUGGUGACGGCAAACCUCUUACACACAAGAUGGAGAUAAUGGAAGUUGCUUUGGACCAAUCUGGAUCCGCUAAUGAAAGAAAAAUUGCUAUCAUUGAUAAGAAUCGAGACUUGUACAUCACCUCAGUAAGACGAUUUGGAAAGGAGCAAAAGAUUAUCAAAAUUGGUACCAUGGUUUACACCGUGGCUUGGAAUGACUCUGCAAAUAUACUCUGUGGAAUUCAAAAUUCCUUUUUUACUGUUUGGUAUUACCCAAACACUGUAUAUGUGGACAAAGACCUUCUACCAAAAACGAUAUAUACGAAAGAUGCAAGUGAAUUCAGCCAAACUCCUCAGAUUUUUAAUUAUGUGGGAAAUCAGGUUACUGUCAGAAGAGCUGAUGGCUCCUUAGUGUACACCAGCAUAUCUCCAUACCCAGCCAUCCUUCAUGAGUAUGCCACUGCUUCCCGUUGGGAUGAUGCACUCAGACUCUGCCGCUUUGUGAAGACUACUACUUCUGAUCAGGAACAAACAUUGUGGGCCUGCCUUGCUGCAAUGGCAAUAGCCAAUAAAGAACUGACAACUGCAGAGGUUGCUUAUGCAGCAAUCGGAGAGAUUGACAAAGUUCAGUACAUCAAUUCUAUAAAGGAUCUCCCAUCCAAAGAAUCAUCAGUGGCUCAUAUGAUGCUGUUUAGUGGAAAUGUACAAGACGCAGAAGGGGUUCUUCUUCAAGCAGGUCUUAUAUACCAAGCAAUCCAGGUUCAUAUAAACCUUUACAACUGGGACAGGGCGCUGGAACUGGCAGUAAAACACAAGACACAUGUUGACACUGUUCUAGCUCACAGGCAGAAAUACUUGGAGGAUUUCAGCAAAAAAGAAACCAACAAAAGAUUCUUACAGUACUUGGAGGGAGUGGAAGUAGAUUGGGAAAAAAUUCAAGCCAAAAUUGAAAUGGAAAUAGCUAAAGAGCGAGAAAAGGCAGCAACCACUCCAGCAGCUUCAACAGUGAGAAGCAGCAUAUCCACAAGACGUUAACCUGUGGUGGAAUUACUCCUCGUUUCAUGAUAUAGUGCCUGUCUUAAUUUCACAGGCUACUUGGAAUUACACUUAGAUUCAAUCUAAAAUGUCAGUGUAACAAUCUUAAUAGCAAUAUGGUCUAUUUCCCCUGUUGGCAAAUCACAGACCAUUUGCAAUUUGCCCACAGUGGAAAACAAGCCUAUAUAUACAUGUGUGUGUAUUUCAGAUUAGAACUAAUUGAGGUUGAGAACACUAUGUUAAAAUGCUGCAAUGCUGAAAAUAUAUUUAUAUUAUCAAGAUGUAAAUUAUUUAAAUUGUAGUUAUGUAGGAUUUUACUGUGUAUCAUUUUAUAUACUGUGUAUUUUUAUGGUUGUAUAAAACCCCAUUUUGCUGUGUUACAAUACAUGAAAUAUCUUAAUACAAAUUUAAUGCAAGCUUCUACAAUAAUCCGUUUUUAUUUGCUCUAGAAUUUAAUGGGGGGGGGGGGGUGAUGUAAUCUUGAAUAUUUCAAGGUCAGAAUCAUUACGACAUGCCCAUUUCUGUCUGCUUAUGCAAGAGUUAUAGAUGAAAAGUCACCUUCUCCCUUUUCAUUUUCUACCUGUUGGACCACAGAUGUUCAAAAAUGGCUAAAAUUAGGUUGUUUAUUUUGGUGGCUCAAGACAGUUAUUACCUCCAGAAUAUUCAGAGGUAAUUCAUUUUUUUUCCACCUUUUUAUAAAUAAAUAAAUCAAAUAAACAACCUCCUUUUAAAACAUUAUUUACACUUUGAUAGUAACAACAAAAACUUCUGAAGCAGAAACUUCUUUAUUAGGAUAUUUAACUUCUGGAAGACUGACAUUAAGUAGCCUGCUUGGCAAAAUGCUUUAUUAAAGAAAAUACAGGAUAUUGGCACUGGUGUUUUCACUACAUCUUUUCCAUUCAGCGGCCGAAGGUAAUAAUGCAAAUUCAAGGCCCUUUUCAAUUGGUCUGAUGGUUUAAAAUAACCAAGGUUAUAAAAACAGCUUCUACGACAGUGCUAUGUGAUUUACUGACUGGUAUUUUUGACUGGAAAAUAUGGUUGAAUUAAAUAGAUGGUCGUAUUUGAAUUAUUUAAAUGGUGGCUGUAUAUAGUUUCAACUGUUGAAAAAUGCCCAGAAUAGUAUUUAUCACAUUGCAUUUCUGGGGGUAGGACACUAGCUUGGUAUGCAGUUAAGUCAAGAAUCAGCACUUGUGUAAAACAUGAUUAUCAAUUAAUUUUUAGUUUUAAAACCUAUUAUAACUAUAAGCACCUUUCUAACAAGCUUAAAUAACCUGAAAAGCAAAAUGUUCAGUUACAGGUAUAUAUUCUUACACAAACAAGUUAAAGAAGUUUAACAAAUGUCAAGCACUGCAGAAGGCAAUUUGUUUUGAAGCCAGUAAUUGAUUUUGAUAGCCUUCUUAACUCUGCUCAUUCCAAGGCAAUGGUUCUUCAUGAGCAUUUAGCCUUUGCUAGGAAAAUGUUUGUUUUAAAAAAUGUGUAAAAAAAUUCUAAAUCUAAAUGGACUAAUAUUAUUAGAGUAAGCUGUACCACUUAAAGGAUGAGUACAAGUGAAACAGGUUUCCAGCUUAUUGUGAGAGGACUUGCAGGAAUACUCCUAGUAGUGUGACUAAUAUAUAUUUGCAGGCUUAUGUCACAUUGCUGUACAAUAGUUUAUUUUUAGGCUAUACCAAUACUAUAGGCUAUGCAUUUAAGUUUUGAUAAGAUUUAUUUUUCUUAUUCAGUGGAUAGAAAGCUACAGUAAGUCAGGCUUUAGCAGAUCUUAAAUUAUGUGUUUGUUUUGUUUUUAAAUAUGUUCAUAUGCAAUUGUUACCUAAAAAUUCUAAUAAAUAAUAGCAUAAAUCUA